UUUUCAAACCGUCACUACUUGAUUUGAUCCUCAUCAACCGGCCUGUUAAAACUUGAGAGUGCCAGACCCCCGGAAACCAACGACAAACCCGUCAACUCAUUCAAGACGGCGUCGCUAUAGCUUCCAAUACGACGCACUUGCAAAUCGGGUCUGCGCUCAACGGUCGCGACAACUUGGAGGGAAAUCGCUUCAAUCGUCUUUCUGAAGCGUUCGACUUGGUCACCGAAAAAAUACCCCGGGCCUCUUUUGACAACUUCGUAACCUCACAAUGCAAGCGCCCGUUCUAGUCCUCAACCAGAAUGCCAAACGUGAAAGUGGCCGCCGUGCCCAACUCACGAACAUCGCAGCCGCCCGUGCUGUCUCGGACAUAAUUCGAACCACCCUUGGACCACGUGCAAUGCUCAAGAUGAUCCUUGACGCCAUGGGCAACAUUGUCCUCACCAAUGAUGGCAAUGCGAUCCUUCGUGAAAUUGACGUGUCACAUCCCGCCGCAAAGUCUAUGAUCGAACUCUCCCGCACUCAAGAUGAGGAGGUUGGUGAUGGCACUACUUCUGUCACUGUGCUUGCUGGCGAGAUCCUGACGCUUUGUGAGACUUUUUUGAAUCGUAACAUCCACCCAACUGUUAUUGUAUCAGCGCUAUUUAAUGCGUUGGACGAUGCUGUCGUCUUUGCGGAAGAGCUUGCCAUCACAGUCGACUUAACCAACGAUGAACAGAUUUUGCAGCUGAUUCGUUCUUGCAUUGGCACCAAAUAUGUCACGAGGCACGACGAUUUGAUCGUUAACAUUGCUUUUAAAGCCGUGAAUGUGGUCCGUGUGGAUAUUGAUGGAACGGUUGUGAUCGAUAUUAAGAAUUUUGCAAAGGUCGAGAAAAUUCCCGGUGGCGAACUCUCGGACAGCAGGGUACUUAGCGGUGUGAUGUUUAACAAGGAUGUCACAAAUGCCAAGAUGCGUCGCCGCAUCGAAAACCCGCGCAUCAUUUUACUCGACUGUCCGCUUGAAUAUCGCAAGGCAGAGUCGACAACCAACGUUGAGAUUACAGAGGAAAAGGACUGGAAGCGCCUUCUUGAGAUUGAAGAAGAAUACGUCAUGGCUCUCUGUGAUAAGCUGCUGGAGUUCAAACCAGACUUGAUUGUGACUGAGAAGGGAGUCAGCGAUCUUGCACUGCACGUUCUCGGGAAACAAAACGUAUCGGUGAUUCGACGAUUGCGGAAGACAGAUAAUACUCGCAUAGCAAAGGCAUCGGGAGCUAUAAUUGUCUCUCGUGUUGAAGAACUCAAGGAAAGUGAUGUGGGUGUCGGGGCCGGCCUUUUCGAAGUCUCAAAGAUCGGAGACGAGUAUUUCAGUUUCAUCACCGAAUGCAAGAACCCCAAGGCUUGUACGAUACUGCUCCGAGGCGGGUCAAAAGAUGUUCUUAUGGAGGUAGAGCGUAACCUUCAAGACGCGAUGGCAGUGACGCGAAACAUUCUUACAAAUCCAAAGAUGGUCCCUGGAGGAGGUGCGAUUGAGAUGGCUGUAUCGAAUCGUCUCCACGCAAAAUCGAAAACGAUCACCGGAGUGAGCCAAUACCCCUAUCGCGCUGUGGCCGAAGCCCUUGAGGUCAUUCCUCGAACACUUGCGGAGAAUUGUGGAGGAAAAGUUAUUCGAGUAAUGACAGCAUUGCGUGCGAAGCACUCCGGGGCAAAAGACACGGAAAACAAAGAUUGUUCGUUUUGGGGAAUUGACGGCCUCAAGGGCGUUGCCGCAGACAUGCGAGAGAUUGGGAUUUGGGAGCCGCUCAUUGUAAAGACUCAGACAAUGAAGACCGCAGUAGAAGCAGCUGGUAUGCUCCUAAGGAUUGAUGAUAUUGUCUCUGGGCUUUCGAAAAGAAAGGAUGCGGGAGGAGCGCAGGGUGGAGCACCCGAAGAAGAGUAAAUGCGGCUCACCUUCUGUUGCACAAUCUCAACGUAUCGUGGAAGAAGAGCGAACCGUAUUGACGUCCCUCUCUAUCAUGCAGUCAUGUAAACAUGAAAACUGUUGCAUUCAGAGGCCAGCAAACUCAAUCCAUCAAGUCCUGCGCCUUGCUCAGUGUGUGACAGUUGGACACCGAGGCGGUGUGCAUAUCAUGCAUAAUUCCGUAAGGGAGAAAGUCUCGCAGUAGCCGGCACGUUGCUGGACCGGUAUACGGCAGAGUAGAGAAGUCUGCCGGUAGAACUCUUGUCCGCUACGUACUGAAUGGAGACCCCCCGCCCUCCGAGAGCGGGGACGAGGAGCGACGGUCUGCCUACUAGUUGAGUGUGCGCGCGCGGCGGCAAUCUGUCCCGAAGUUGAUCAGUACAGAAAACGUUUUCUUGUUUUUGCGUCGCACGGCGAGCACGACAAGUGAAU